AUGACAGGAAUAGAAAAAAGAGAUUGGAAAGGAUAUACAUUAGUUAUGCCAUCCAUUUGUCAUUGUUAUGUUGGACAAUUGGCAGUAGAUAUUUUGAUUAAUACUUUACACAUGAAAAGUGUUCAUAUACUUGAUUGGACAUGUGUCGAACCGGUAAUCGCAUAUGAUCCAUAUGAAAAUGCAAAUAGAGAAACUUUAGCAUUUGGUAUUGAAGUUUAUGAAGAACAAAAUUUAAAAAUACUUGUCAUUCAACAACGUGGUAAUAUUGUAUCGGGUAAACGACAAGAAUUUGUUGAUAAACUUUUAGAAUUUUUUAAAAAUGAACAACUAAAAGAAAUUAUUGUUUUAACUGCAUUUAAUGCAGUUGAACGUAAUGAUGUUCAAUUAACAGGAGAACAAUUUCGAUACUUAUCAACAACAGCAAUUAAUUCAAAUGAUCUUAAUUGGAUUGCAUUAGAAGAACGACAAGAUAAAAAUCAUCAUAAAAUUAUACGAGAUCGUGAUCGAUAUUAUAUUGCUGGUGGUGGUAUUGCUAAUCGAUUAUUUUAUACUGCGUAA